AUGGAGGAAGAAUCUUUGGUCUUGCCGGGAAAUGACGUCACCGACGGGUGCUUUAAGGAGUUUGACUUGGACGGUGACCUCUCACCGGAGUUUCCCAUCAAAGAAGAGAUGAUAGAGGAGGUAAUGCAAGAGUUAUACAAGGAGAUCACAUGUGCAAAGCCAGCCCCGUUGAAUAACGUUCUGUCUCUAGUUUUUGUUGACAAUGGGAAGAGCGAGAGUUGUGGGGCGUCAGUGUCGGACUCUUCAUCGACGGUGAUGGCCGGAGUGGAGUUUGUUGGGUUCCCAGGGAAGUUCUCCGGAGGGAAUGUGGGGUUGCAGGGAAAUGGGGUUUGGGAGGGGGCGGUCAGAGGUUUUGAUUUUGGAGAAGAAGGGUUUCUUGGGGAAUGGAAGAUGAUGGACCGCUGUGAUGGAGUGGAGUUUGGGGAUGAUCAGUGGCUAGAUAGAGUAUUGAUGGGAUGGGCCCCGGUAGAGGUUGAAGGGUGGACUUGA